AAUAUUUUGAGAAAUUAAAAAAAAAACAUAUAAAUGCCAAAUCAUUUAUAAACCUAUCAAAAUUCUUUCAAUUUUUCUAAUUUUCUUAUUCUCUAAACACUCAAAUUCUUUAUUUUUGACCAACGUUUCAUCAAAUUUUAAUUUUUCACUGCAAAUUUUCCUAUAUUUCACUUUAUUUUUCCCUUUAAAAAAUGUCAAGCCAUGGUUCUUCUAGUCAUCACAAAGAGAAAUUAGAAAAUUUUAAUUUUCAACCGAUGGGCAUUAACACAAUGAACAAUUGUUGAAUGGUUAAUUAUCUUUUGCUUAUCAAACCUACUUUCGAGUCAAGAAUUACGACCAUCAAAGCCAUAGCUCAAAAUUAUCGAUUCUAGUUUAGAACCGACUCAAAAUCGAACUGUGGUGAGGUCUACUAGUAACUGCUCUAUUUAGACGUGGGUCUCUCUCUCUCUCUCUCUCUCUCUCUCGCCCACCAUUGCCCAUUAUUUGCAGACAUGGAAGUGAUCAUUUCCACUGCUGCAAAUUCAGUUCCCCGUGAUCAAGAUGAUGAGUCCAUAUACAACAAAGCUGAGCAAGUGAAGGCAUUUGAUGACACUAGAGCUGGUGUUAAAGGACUAGUUGACUCUGGUGUGACCAAGAUCCCUACUUUUUUUGUCCACCCACCAGAGAACGUGCAGAGAUCAUCAUCAUCUAACACAAGUUAUAGCAGUAGCAACCUCCAGCAGGUCCCGGUGAUAGACUUGGAAGGCAUUGAAACAUGUGGACGGCGGCUUAAGGUGAUUAAUGAGAUUAGAAAUGCAUCAGAAACAUGGGGUUUCUUUCAAAUGAUUAAUCAUGGAAUUCCAGUUAAUGUUCUGGAUGAGAUGUUGGCAAGUGUUAAACGAUUCCACGAGCAACCCCAGGAGGUGAAGAUGGAGUGGUACUCUCGAGACUCUAAGCGCCCAGUGAGGUUCUUCUGCAAUGGAGAUCUCCUUGUUAAUAAAUCACCAGCAAACUGGAGAGAUACCAUAGCAUUUGAUUUUCAGGACGGAGAACUAGACCCCUGCCUCUAUCCUCAGAUAUGCAGAGAAGCUGUGAGUGAAUACAUAAAGCACGUGAUAAAGAUGAGUAAGACAAUAAGUGAACUAUUAUCAGAGGCACUAGGGCUUCGCAGAGACUACCUUUCAGAGUUAGAGUGCAUGGAAACUGAAUCUUUGGUGUGCCACUACUACCCCAUUUGCCCUGAGCCAGACUUGACCCUUGGCACCACCAAGCAUACAGACCCUUCUUUUCUCACCAUACUGCUGCAAGACAACACAGGUGGACUCCAAGUUCUUCAUCAAAAUCAAUGGGUUGAUGUGCCUCCUGAAGAAGGAGCUCUUGUAGUAAACAUAGGGGACUUCAUGCAGCUUAUCAGCAAUGACAAGUUCAGGAGCGUGGAGCAUAGAGUAUUAGCUGGAGGGAUCAGGCCCAGGACUUCAAUAGCAUGCUUUUUCUAUCCAAGUACAGCAAAUAAAUUUAAACCCUAUGGAGCAGUACAGGAACUUCUAUCUGGCAAUCCACCCAUAUACAGGGAAACUCAUAUUGCUGAGUAUUUGGCCUUCUUCAGGUCCAAAGGAUUAGAUGGUAUUCCAAACCUCCCUCAUUUUAAACGUGCAUGAGCCCCUGUUCUUGGUGCACAAUUAUAACUUGCUGGAAACUGAAAUCAUCUAUCCAACUCAUAUCUGUAAUAAAGUUAUCUACUCCCCGUGACA